AUGUCGUUAUUGAUAACUUUAAUGAAACUGUCAUCACCAUCAUUUGGCACUGCUUUAGGCAGAUUAGCAUUAACCAAUCAACAUUUAUUCACAUCCAGAUGUUCCUCCUCUUCUUCUUCGUCACAACAACUUCCGGAUAUCAUUCCUUAUAACCAAGGUACCAAAUAUACCCCAGAUUAUGCUAAUUACGCAACCACUUCCCACGGCAAAGUUGUUUCCUAUUUUCAUGAUAUUGCGUUAGACCUCAACAAAGAAACCAAAGAGGCCAAUAUAGUUAUAGAAAUCCCACGUUGGACCAAUGCCAAAUUUGAAAUCAAUACUAAAUUAGCAGGAAACCCCAUUGUUCAAGAUACAAAGAACGGGAAAGUACGAUUUGUUAAGAACCUAUUCCCCCACCAUGGAUAUAUCCACAACUAUGGAGCAUUCCCACAAACCUGGGAAGAUCCAACCACUAAACACCAUGGGUUGUUUGGUGACAAUGACCCUGUUGAUGUGUGUGAGGUUGGAUCAAGGAUUUUAUCUACCGGAGACAUUAAACGAGUUAAAAUCCUAGGUUCUUUGGCCUUGAUUGACGAUGGUGAAUUGGAUUGGAAAGUGAUUGUUGUGAAUGUUGACGAUCCUUUGGCAAAGCAAGUGAACGAUAUUUGCGACUUAGAUGAGAAGUGUCCCGGCUUGUUGGAUACCACUAGGCAAUGGUUCAGAGACUAUAAGUUGGCUGAUGGAAAGCCACAGAACGAGUUUGCAUUUAAUGGCGAGUACAAGACUGCUGAUGAAACCAUUGAAAUCAUCCAGCAAUGUCAUGAAAGCUGGCAACAGUUGAUCAAUGGACAAAUCAAGAGUGAGAAAACACCAAACAUUACAAACACUAGUAUCAAAGAGCUGCCUGGGUUUGUUUCUAACAUUGAUGUGCAAUUACACACACCAGCCAAGACCAAUGCCGUCAUUCCAAUAGAUGUCGAGCAAAACUACUUCAUAAAGACCGACUGA